AUGCUUCAUUUGAAUGAAGCUCCGUCUCUCAUCUGGGUAAAAAGGGGACCGAGUACGUUCCUCCUUGGCCGUGGGAAAACCAUGGCUGCGUCCAGGAUCUAUCGGGAAUCCCUGCUGGUGUUUUUUCUGCAAGUCCUGCUGAUUUGCUCUGCUCAGAGGGGCCCGGUCGGUCCCAGGGGCCCUCAGGGGCCACCAGGAGCAGCUGGCGUACCGGGGGUGGACGGCAUUGAUGGUGACAGAGGAGUGGACUCCACAGUGGUCGGUGGACCAGGCCCUGACGGUGACAACGGCAGAGAUGGAGCACCUGGAGCUGCAGGCCUUCCAGGCGCAGACGGACCGCUUGGACCACCAGGAGACGCAGGACCAGUGGGUUUGAAGGGACCUAAGGGAGAACCUGGUCCACGUGGACCUCCUGGAGAACCUGGUGUCGGACCAGACGGACUGGACGGUAUUCCUGGUACAGAUGGGCUUCCAGGAGAGUUGGGCCACGUCGGCGCUCCCGGGGCGAGGGGAAGGAGGGGGUCAGUUGGUCUGCCUGGAGCUGCAGGACCUCGGGGACCUCCAGGAGUGUAUCAAGGAGAGGACCUGUGUCCCAACGCCUGUCCCUCUGCUUUGACUGGACAUCCUGGUCUUCAUGGCAUGAAGGGUCACAAAGGAGUCAUGGGUGAAUCUGGUGAACCCGGGCGUCAAGGUCACAAGGGAGAGGAAGGAGACCAAGGGCUGAUGGGAGACGUCGGCGCUCAAGGACUACCAGGUCCAGGUGGACCGAGAGGCCUUCCAGGAAUAAUAGGCUCAAAAGGCGAUCGGGGGCCUCGUGGUGCACCUGGGGACGUCGGCCCCCGGGGGGGCCAGGGAGGCCCGGGAGACAGGGGUCGAAGAGGGGCCGUGGGUGAGCUGGGGCCUAAAUGACUUACAGGGGAUCCAGGUCCACAAGGAAUCAGAGGGGUGCCAGGUCCAAAGGGAGAACCGGGUUUACCAGGUCCUGACGGACGUGAGGGAAUUCCUGGACUGCCAGCAUCCAAAGGUCUUCCAGGGAAAAACGGGGCUCCAGGUGAUGCUGGUCUACCAGGAUUUUCUGGUGUACCAGGAGCUUAUGGACCAAAGGGGCACAGUGGUGUGAAGGGGGUGUCAGGUGACCCAGGAGUGGUGGGGCUGAUGGGCUCUCCAGGGAAAGAAGGGGAGCGUGGUGAGCAGGGAGAAGUUGGACCGGUCGGACCCAGAGGAGGACCAGGUGCAAGGGGAGAACGAGGGCCUGAAGGACCAAUCGGAUUACCAGGAGCCAGGGGUACCAAAGGAGACCCAGGCCUCCCAGGCCUCCCUGGUCCUGCUGGAUAUCUGGGCCAGAAAGGAGAACGAGGUGCAGUUGGUCUUGAUGGACCCAAAGGUGACCAGGGAGCUCCAGGUGCCGAGGGAGUGGCAGGAGAACGAGGAGACUUGGGCGAACAAGGAGAACCCGGAGAGAAAGGAUCGACGGGGCCGCCAGGAGAGACAGGAAGUAAAGGACCUGAGGGUGGAAGAGGACAGCCAGGGGAAGAGAAGCUGGGUCAACCAGGACCAAGGGGCAUGCAGGGUGACACAGGGGUACCAGGUCUGCCUGGAACCCAGGGUCGACAGGGAAAAACACCAACAGAUUCACACAUCAAACAGGUCUGCAUGAGAGUAAUGCAAGAGCAGCUGGCCCAGCUAGCAGCCAGUCUGACCAGGCCUGAGUCAGGCAUAGCUGGACUGCCUGGUCCCCCUGGUCCACCUGGACCUACAGGCCCUGCUGGGGAGAACGGAUUCCCUGGACACACCGGAUCAAGAGGACUUCCUGGUCUAAAAGGUCCUCCUGGGGUAAUCGGACGCAAAGGACCCAAAGGUGACCAGGGUGACACAGGAGACAGAGGACCAACACUCAGAGGACCAAAGGGAGAGCCUGGUGCCCCUGGUCUGCCAGGUAAUCCCGGUCGGCCGGCCUACGGCAAAGAUGGCCGCGAUGGAGAGCGGGGCCCUCGCGGUACUCCCGGUAUUCCUGGUGUUCCUGGCUCACCUGGUACAGCCGGUCUCAAUGGCUACUGUGAACCUUCGCAGUGUGUCCUGCCGAUGGUGGCGUCACCGGUUUCAGCAAAGGACUCCAGCAUGAAGGGACCCAGUGAGAUGUGAAGAGCAAAACUGAGAGACUGGAGGAGGAAUCCCAACUCUGACGAGGAAGAUUUUGUCUAUUUGGGUUUUCCCGGUUGAUUAAUAUGUUUUUAAAAAAUUUGGUCGGCUUACUUGAUUUUUUUUUUUUUGACACCAUCUUUGAUAUAAAGGUGAAAACUGAACACUUGUCAUUUUGUAAAUUUAAAUUUUACCUCACUGUCUCCAUUUGAACAUCACAGAUCUCACUGUAAACAUGCAAAAUCCAGGCCCAUUUCUGCCACAACAAUGUUGUUUGUUUAUGUAAAUGUGUCAAUAUGCAAAUUAUACUGUUUGGAUAACCAUGGUUGUUCAUUUUUCUUCUAAAUGUAGGAAAUGUUUGAUCUCUCUGUCCUGACAACUGAUGUUCUUGUCAUCAGUUGUUAAUAUUUUGUAAAAAGGAAACCCUCUCUGGCAGUUUUUUAUGACUUCUUAUUUAUUAUUUUAAAUUUCAACGUUCAAAGUUGUACAAAGGGGGAAAUAAACACAUUUUGAUAACUUUUUGCAUGUUUUGUAUCGACAAGUAAAAAGUCAUAAAACAGAAGCAAAUUAAAACCGAAAUUACUGUGAUUAUGAAUUCUUACAUAUUGUAUUUCUCUGCAAAUCUGUGUGAAAGUUUAAACCGAUUUUACAGUCUAGAU